CUGCCGGUAACGAGGCGUCACGUAAUAGCCUGAGCUUGUACCCGUGGCCGGAGCUAGUCUUCCCUCCCCUCCCCGGGCGGAGCGGCAGGGCGGUGCACAACCCUGCCCGUGCUGCUCCGCGGCCCGGCGUGGGGUUAGUGGCCUUAGGAGGGAAGGGAUCAGUAGCAGCUCAUAAAUGCAUUAUCUCUAACUAUAAACAGUAAGACUAUCCAGGUUGUAAAAUUGGUUUUGGUUUCCUACCUGUUUAUACCGAGUUCCCAGUUAAUUAAUGAUCACUGCAUUUUUUAAUGCAGCUUUUGUACUUAAGUUUGUUGGUGGGCUGCUAAGGCUGUGUAUUGAUGGUCUCUGGAGGCCUGUGGAUGUAGGCAGCUCAGGACUAUCACUGGUUGUGUUGCUAAAUAUCUAUGACCUUACCCAGCUCACAGUGGCAUACAAAACUUCACUUCUGGUACAUGGGUGACCCUAGAGAACCAUCAGGUAGAAGAAAGAUGUCUCAAGACCCCGAGGAUGUGUCCAACACCAACCAGACUGAGGAAUAUGAUGAGCCCACUGUUGAAUCUGAGCCAGAAGAGGUCUCUAGAGCUGACCCUGAAGAUGAGUGUGAGGACCUGGUGAUUCUAGAUCCCAAUGCUGUGGAUGUUGACCUGAACCAUCGCCGCAUUGCGAAAAUAGAGAACCUGGAGUCCUUGAGAUGUGUGGAAACACUGUGUUUGCGAUGGAAUCUAAUCAAGAAGAUAGAAAAUCUUCACACGCUUACAAUGCUGAAAGAGCUGGAGCUGUAUGACAACCAGAUUACUGUUAUUGAAAACUUGUCUGCACUUGUUAAUUUGGAAACACUGGACAUAUCAUUUAACCGGGUAAGGAAAAUUGAAAACCUGGAAGGAUUGAUCAAUCUGAAGAAGAUAUUUCUUUGUGCAAACAAGAUAUCUCGAAUUGAGAAUCUCAAUCACCUAAAGAACUUGGAACAUCUUGAACUUGGCGACAAUAAAAUUAGGGUGAUUGAAAAUCUGGAUGGACUGACCAACCUGAAUAGUAUAUUCCUGGGUAAAAAUAAAAUCACAAAGCUACAGAACUUGGAUUCUCUAAUCAACUUAAAGAUCCUUGGUGUGCAGAGUAACAGAAUAACAAAAAUUGAAGGCUUGGGUCGACUCGUCAGCUUGGACCAAUUGUAUUGCUCCCAUAAUGGCAUAGAGCUGCUAGAAGGCCUUGAUAACAAUGUGAAGCUUCAGACUUUAGACAUGGCUGUUAACAAGAUAAAGAAAAUAGAAAAUAUUAGCCAUCUUACAGAGUUGGAAGAAUUCUGGUUCAAUGGCAAUGAAAUUAGUGACUGGAAUGACUUGAAGCAGCUAGAAAAUGCCAAAGGAAUACAGACUGUUUACCUUGAGGGAAACCCACUGCAGCGGGACCCCAACUAUCGACGCAAGAUUAAGUUGGCUCUUCCUUCCUUAACACAGAUUGAUUCAACACUUUGCCGGUAAGAAAAUGGCGAGGUAAUUGAUUUAAUGUAAGAUAAACAUGAUGUGUACACAGUUCUUUCAUCAAAUGUGAGAGUUUUGUUGUAUCCAAGGUUUGCAUACAUGUCUUGAAUUCAUAUUUGAUAAAUUUUCAUGUUCGACACAUGACAGAUACUAGUUCAGCCUCACUUCUCACUUAAUAUCACAGUAUUUUAAGAAAUCGCUGUCACCCCUUAUACUCAAUUGCAUUUCCCUGCAUGUGAAAGUCUAGUUAGCUAAAUGCUGAACAAAAUUAACAAAUGAAGCCUUACCAAAUAGGAAAAAGAAGUUUGAUUGAAUUACAAGGGAGAGUUUUUGGUGGUCCUUUUUUUUUAUUUUUUUAUUUAUUUAUUUUUUUUUUUUUAUAUAUAUAAGAAAAAAAUAAGGGGAGGUUACCAAAGAGAAUUUCUUCUCUGAAUGAUCUUGCCUUAAUAUUGGAUUGUCACAGACUGAACUUGCAAGAUUGUGCUAUGUAAGUUUAUUUUGGAGAAGGCCUCCAUGUAAUUCUACCAAUUUAGAAACAGCAAGCAACUUUAGAAGCAAGGUGUUGCAGGAACUAUUUUAAAUAUUAGGAAGGAUUCAUGUUAUACUUACAGUAGUUACUGAUGAAUUUGGACAUCUUGAUGCAUCGAUUCAAAGUGAAAAGCUCAUAGUUGAGGAACUUUACAAGUGGAAUAGCAUUGUAGACUUUUAAGUGUGCUGUUUUGCAUGUGCAGAUAAAUUGAUGUGCUGGAGAACAGUUUUUUAAAGAUCUUCCUCAGUCUGAUAACUGCCAAAGCAUUUAGCAUAUGUAGUAAAUAAAUUUAAGUGGUUGUGAUGUGUUGCUUUGUAUAUUUAAGGCAGCUCUAGCUUCUGGGAGUACAUUUUUUGUAAAAAAGUAAUUACUAAAUUUAAUAGUCUGUCAACAUUAUUAUUGUGCACUUUGAAGCAGGAUCUUGUGUGCCUCCAAAAGGUUCCCACUUGAAUUAUGUAUUUGCAUAUCUAUAUUGGACCAAAUUAACUUACACUGGUACUUUAUCACCACAAAUAUUCAUCAAAAGGAAGUUUGGUUAUAAUGUCAGUCUUAGGGUUUGAGCAGUUUGCAUCACCCUCAUUUCAUCUAUGCAAGAUGAGAGCCACAGACCAGCAGUGUUAAAGUGCAGUCACUAAUACAAUGUAACUUUUUAUAAUUGCUUAAGAUUUUUUACUCAGCCUCAUAUACACGUCAUCCUGUGCACAUGUGAAAUAAGGAAAAGAAAACUGUGCACAAACAAACAGUCACACACUGUACUCAUGGACCUGUGUUUAUUUUUUUAUAAUAAUUGUAGUUCACUGCCAGUAAUGGCACUGAGAUACUACUGGCUCCGUUUAUUGGGUGAUACAUGCCUUAUGGCAUAGUCUUAAUCAAUUCUUUAUUGUAUUGUAUGCACUUAUGAGAUCAAUUUUAGAGGUGUUUGUUAUUAGCAGUGAUUGUUGGUACUUGCUCUUGUUCUUUACUUUUCAUGGCCAGUUUCAUAGAUUAACAUUUGGCAUGAGCUUCAAGUUGAAUACUAUUAAAUAUCUGCAUAGACUUAAAGUGCAUGGUGUUGAAGUUUCAUCUGUCUUUUAUUGUAUGCUAUAUUUUUUUAUUGACUUAGGUAGAUUUUCAUAUGAAAACAUAAUUUCAGGUAGACAGGAAGUGUGCUUCCUGCUUCAGAAUAUGGUGAAGCUUAUUUUUGUAGUAUGUUCUUCCUGUAAAUGUUUGAUUCAUGCAAAGAAAUUUAAUGUUUUUACAAAGUCUUGAACAUUUUUGCAAGAAAACUUGUAAAUUUUCUGUACAUGGAAAAAUUGUCAUCUAUGUUUUUUGUGGCAAUAAUAUAGUACGAGUGCUAGUCGGAGAGAUUGUUAAGUUUCUCAGAUGUUCAGUAGGUUAAUUUAUUUAUUAUGAUCAUCUAGCUUUAUAUCUAUUAUUUUCUAGCUUUGUUAAAUGUGCACAUUGAUUCUACUUUAGGACUGGAUAUUUUUCCCAAUCUGUCUUUUAAGUGUUACCAUGUGAAAUGCUUUACUGUACCUCCACACAUAUAAGCUGAUAAUACAGCCAUGGCUCAAAGAGUACACCAACAUGCAGUCAUUGUCUCUAGGAGUGAUUCUAACACUAAUUCCAGCCUAAUAUGCAUCAUUGUGUCAUUUUGUAUGUACACCUUAUACAUGCAUGUCAGUAUGAAGAAAAGCUUAGACUUUUUGUACAGAUCAUAAUAGAACUACUGUUAAUAGCAACAUUAGUACAAUCAUUUGUUCAUAUUUGUACAGUAUAACUUUAUUAAGAUGUAUUUGAAUGUCCAAGCAUACAUAAUUCUGAGGAGUUAAUUAAGACAGUAAUACUUACUUUCCGUAAGUGUGUUUUGGCCAUGCUGAUCUGAUAUUCUAAAGUUCACUGUAGGAGGAUUGUCACACAAGUUCUCAAAAUUCAAGAGUUUGCCAUAUUUGCUUGUAUCCAAUAUUGCUUUAACAAGAUAUUGGCCACCAAUUUCGAUGCCUUUUAUAAUUCAAGGGAUAAAGACCACAAAUAAUGAGUAUCAUGGAGUGGUGUGUAUUUUUCAGGAGAAUAAGAAAAUAUAUUUGGGAAUGGAAUGACCAGGUGUUUGGGGCUGCUGAACAGGCAGCUUAUAGUGUCCCGCACUCCUCCCACUUUACCUAAUUUGCCUCAUAAUAAUAAAAAAGGAAUGGCAAAGAGAGCAUAAUGUGACAGUUUCUUGGUGAAAGUAAGGGUAGAAAGCUAAUUGGAUAAUAGCAAGACAAACAUAUAAGAUGCAGUGGAAAUAAUGUUAUGAAAAUGAUGACAUAAUGAGUGUCAUAAAGGUAAAUGUGAUUGCUACGGUGGCAUUCACAUGCCAUAAGUAAGUGCAGGGCUUUAAAUUGUCCCUGUCUUUUCUUGUCAUAAAUACUCAUGGCUUAGCUUGGAAGUCUUGUUCUUACAUUUAAUUGGUAUUGACAAAGACAGGGAAGUGAAAUUUAAAUGCGUCUUGUAACUCAUGUGUGAUAUAGUCAGUUCAAGAGUUUUGACCAGAUAUUAAUUUUUUUUUUGCAGUUUUUGUAUUGACGGUAUCAUCAGAGCUGAUUCAUUAGAAUAUGGUUGUACUGUAAACAUCUCCUACUUGUAUGUGUUGAUGUAGAAAAAUGGGAAUUUAAUAGAGAUUUGUAACAGCAUACUGGUUUGAGUCACACACACACACACACACACACACCCUGUACUAUAUGCCUUUGUGGUGUAGUGGUUAGCUCGCCCAGCUAUGAAUCUGAGGGCCUGGGUUUGAUCUUUGACUGGGCAGUUGGUGCACAACCCACACAGCUGUUCAUCAUCCCUUUUGGGAUGGUUGGUAAUCUGGAGAAACCUGGGGAAGGUAAACUGUGGUAACUUGGAUUUCACACUGGCCUUGUGUCCUGGGGUAAUGGAUUCUCACCCACCACAGACUGAAGGGCAGAGCUGAUGGAGAUGAGUGCCAGUGCAACACACAGCUAUAGCGUGUGCUCCCAACUUUACCAUAACUCUAUGCCUGGAUAAGUAAUAUUUAUUGAAAGGUGAAUUUUUGAUGAUGCAAGAUGAUGGCUGAAAACAUGGGGCAGACACAGGCCAUCCAUGUCAUUACUGGUGAAAAUAUAUUUCUCUUUGUAGCAGCUGCAAUACAAUCCCUAAACUUUGGGAUAGUCAUCUGGGAAGCUUCAGCUUAUGUGUGUGUUAGGAUUUGUACAGUGUUAAGUUUGUUCACAGUCUUGUAGAACUUGGUUUUACUUAGUAAUUGCCACCAACUAUUUUUGCAUAUAAAUGUUAUUGUAAGAAGUAUGGGCAUCAACAAAAAAUUCAAUGUAAGGUCAAGAAGAUUUGUGUUGAAUUUGAUAUAUAAUGAGUCAAAUGUAGAGUUUAGUAAAACUUAUUUUUUUAUAUUUUGAUAGUAAGUGUAACAAGUGACUCCACCAAGGAAACAGUUAAAUGGAAUUAAAUAAAAAAAGUCUUUUACAUCUACCAUUCCUUUCUUUGCUCUUGGUGAAUUAUUAAGCGCCUUAUAGGGGUAAAGGUAAUUCAACACAAAGUCUUGUUAUCUUGGCCAGAAAACACAUUUUUUAGAAAAGAAUGUAGUUUAGAGUUGUAAUGGUUUACUAAGAAGUGAUGUCUAUUGUGCACAUAAUAAAAGACUUAGGAUCUUAAUGAAAUACAAAUUUACUGAUU